AAAUGAAUUUUUUUACUGUCAAAUAUUUCAGUGGCGUCAGAGUGAGAAAGUUAAAACAAAAAUGUCACCAAAACCUAAAUUGAUUGUGUUUGAUUUAGAUUAUACCUUAUGGCCAUUUUGGGUUGACACACAUGUUACACCACCAUUUCACAAAGGAAAUGGUAAAAUUUUCGAUAAAUACAAUAAUAAGAUAAAAUGUUAUCCUGAAGUACCGAAUAUACUUCAAAAAUUACAUAAAGAGGGGUACCAAAUAGGAGUUGCUUCUCGAACCGGUGAAAUUGAUGGUGCUCAACAACUCAUUUCGUUGUUUGAUUGGAAAGAUUAUUUUGGAUAUAAAGAGAUAUAUCCGGGAAGUAAAGUAACUCAUUUUAGGAGAAUCAAAUCAAAAUCGGGGUUAUCUUAUGAUGAUAUGAUCUUUUUUGAUGAUGAGUAUAGGAAUAUUGAUGAUUUAACUAAAGAGGGUGUGUUAUCAAUUUUUGUGAGAGAUGGAGUUUCUUGGAAGGUUAUUAAUGAAGGAUUAGAAGAGUAUGCUAAGAAAUAUAAUAAGGAGAAUUAAUUAAUUAUGUCGUUAUGAUUUAAUAAAGUUAUUAUUUCAAUUAUUGUAAUAAAA